CUUGAUAUCAGAGACACGGGAAGGGACCGCCUGGGAGUCUCCAUCUUCUUUUGCAGACGAGUGUCGGAUGGUCGGUGAUGUUGAUUGCUGAUGGCUGGUGAAAAAGACGCGGACCCCAACAUACACGAAGUGAGAUACCAUGGUGGUCAGUCCUAGCUCGGAGAAAAUUCAGGCGCGUCGUCGGCUGGGCCUGUUUGUGAUUUCCUGCCUGUACACAGUCUUCUACAUUGGGGCAUUUUUCGGAUAUGGCCCGAUGCAGCUUUUGCUAGAGCAAAACAACGCGUUUUCCUGGAAAUGUAGCGCGGAACAACAAAGCGCCGGCGAAAUUUGCCCAGCUCAAACUUCUGCGCUUAUCAACGUUUCUUUCUUCGCGCAAAUUUCACAAAUUGUGUCGCCUUUGCUGGGACAGAUGGCGGAUCAGUUUGGAGCACACACGGUUGCAUACUUGAUGGCGGCAAGCAGCAUCGUCUUUUUAACAUUGCUCACGUUAGCAGCCCACUACCAUUGGGAUCGGGCUUUGUAUGUCGCGUUCGGUUUUGGCGCACUUUCUACCUGGUGUGGUGGACUGCUGUCGGUUCAAACUGGUUUGUUCUUUACGGGACAGACUAGAUCCCGGGUAAUUUUCGUCCUCAAUUCAUUAUUCGAUGCAGGCAGCAUUACGUAUUUGGGUUUGUGGGGCAUAGCGGAGGUUAGCGGGGCAUCGCUGGCACCAAUCGCCGGUGGAUAUCUGGGGCUAGCAGUGAUUUUGUUUGGGGCUGGUACAUACUUCUGGUCUGUGGCAGUGCCUGUCAGUGAGGAAUCCAAAGGGGCAGAUAACGAGCCUCAAAAGAAAACAGACGAAAUCUAUAAGGAUCCCAACAUACCGCAGCACGGUGGGGUCCCAGAUGACAAAUCAGUGGAAGGGUCUGCGUCUUUUGUAGACCAAGUCUCCAACGAUACCGACGCCGAUAAGGGAAUGGGAAGUGAUGGUGAAUAUGUUUUGGUUGCGGAUCGAAGUCCCAGGAAGCAGAUGACAUCUCCUCCUUUUCUAGCUUUGUCGCUCUUUUGGACAAUCCAUGUUACUUCCAACCAGUUUGCUCUAACUACCACACGUGACUUUCUUGCCUAUUUGGGCGACGAUGAGCUCGGGAACAGGUAUUUAACCAUUUUUACUCUCUUGCUCCCGGCUUCGCUGUGUGCACUCCCCUUUGUCGAUUAUAUGAUCAUCCGAUUUGGAUUUGUUGGAGGUUUUCAGGGUGUGAAUGCUCUCGCACUGGCAUAUGGAAUCAUCCGCGUGUCGUCGACCAACCUCAAGGUACAAGUCCUGGGAUUCAUCUUCUUUUCCUUCUUCCGGAGUUUUUUGUUUGGAGUCUUCUUCAGCUUUUUGCCAACACUGAUAUCUGGCAAUGUUGUGGGUAAAGCAACAGGAGCGAUGUUUUUCAUUACCGGCGUAACUGCUUUCAUCAAUAUUCCCCUGACCACCUUAGCGAUUGAAACGUUUGGUGGUGAUUUUUUCGUUCCUAAUCUUAUCUACUUGUGCCUGGUGCUACCCUGUAUAGCGGCGACUGUGUACAUCGGACGAGUUGUGGAAACAGAAAAGCUUGAACGACUACAACAGAACACCCAAAAAGACAGCCUCCGCUAGCUAGAAGACUCUACAGCCUCUUUUGUUGAACGCUACAGGCCUAAAAAUAGCGAGUCGCAUACACCAAGACAGUCGCAACGCGCAUUUGCUCUUCAUUCUAGAACUGCAUUUUUGUUCUAGCAAUUGCUUCGUGUUCCUUCAUUCUGGCAACACCUCGGAGGGUUCGGUACCAGUUGCCUGCUAGUAACGGCCGCGACUCGUAUCGAGAAGCCGAUUUUUCUUCUAAUGGAUGUAGGAUAUUCAGUAUGAGCAAAUGACAUCAACUGAACUUGCAAUGAAGAAAAACUGAAGGUGCAGAUAUUUACGUUUAAAAAGAAAGUGAAGCAUGCU